CUCUCAGUCUCUUCUCAAAAAUGCAGUCGGCGACUCGUCCCCUCUUCUCUCUUCUGCGCCUCCCCUAAAAAACGCUAAAACCAUCCUUUCCCCAGCCAAAUCCAAAACCCUAAAACCCUAGCCGCUAGCUCGAGAGCGGCAACCCCUCCGCCACCGCCAGCCGUCCGGCUCGGCCGUCGCGAUCGAGAAGGAAACCCCGGAGAACGAGCGGCCGGAGACCUUCCUCCGGGACUCCGAUGGGCCCCACUCGCUCUCCUCCUCCUCCUCCUCCUCUGUUCGAAGUCGAUUCGAGAAGAUGAUCAGGAGCACGCAGGAUGAGGUGUGCGCUGCCAUUGAGGCGGCUGAUGGUGGAGGGAAGUUUAAGGAGGAUGUGUGGUCAAGGCCUGGAGGUGGCGGAGGGAUCAGUAGGGUUUUGCAGGGUGGCGGGGUUUGGGAGAAGGCGGGGGUGAAUGUGUCGGUGGUUUAUGGGAUGAUGCCGCCGGAGGCUUACCGGGCAGCAAAGGGGGAGGUGAAGGAUGGGCAGAAAGCAGGGCCGGUUCCGUUCUUUGCUGCCGGAAUUAGCUCGGUAUUGCAUCCGAAGAAUCCCUUUGCACCGACAUUGCAUUUCAACUAUCGCUAUUUUGAGACUGACGCACCCAAAGAUGCUCCUGGAGCGCCAAGACAGUGGUGGUUUGGUGGUGGCACUGAUUUGACUCCUGCCUAUAUUUUCGAGGAUGAUGUUAAACACUUCCAUAAGAUACAAAAGCAAGCAUGUGACAAGUUUGAUCCAAGUUUCUAUCCUAGAUUCAAAAAGUGGUGUGACGAUUAUUUCUUCAUCAAGCACCGUGGUGAAAGGCGUGGGCUUGGUGGAAUAUUCUUUGACGACCUCAAUGACUAUGAUCAAGAAAUGCUUCUUGCCUUCUCUACUGAGUGUUCCAAGUCAGUGGUGCCAGCGUACUUACCAAUUAUAGAACGUAGGAAGGACACACCAUUCACAGACCAAAACAAGGACUGGCAACAGCUAAGAAGAGGCCGUUAUGUAGAAUUCAAUCUGGUUUAUGAUCGGGGCACGACGUUUGGACUGAAGACGGGAGGAAGGAUUGAGAGUAUUCUGGUUUCACUUCCUCUGACAGCUAGAUGGGAAUAUGAUCAUCAACCGGAAGAAGGGAGCGAAGAAUGGAAACUUUUAGAUGCAUGCAUUAACCCCAAGGAAUGGAUUUGAGACUGAGGUUAGGAGAUUGUAUUUUUUGUGGCAUUUGGAUGUCACGUUUUU